AUGUUUUUGGCUAUAAAUGGUUCUGCUUUUCCAAUAAGGAAUGAAUUCAGAUUACCAAAACUACGAGGUUAAAAAGGUAGAUAACAAAUUGUUAUAUUUAAUCAAGGUCUUCGAUAAUCGAAGUCUCGGUUGCAAGAGUAACCUGAUUCUCCAGAUAAAUCAAGUAAAUGUUUGACCAAGCCCUGUAGUCUACUAAAAUAUUAAGUUCCUGGUUCUAUGAUUUUGAUUGCCAGAUCUAUGAAGUUUUCAAAAGACUAGUUCACUCACAGACAAAGAGAAAAACAGGAGAUUAUUCCUGAGAUUUUAGAUGGAUACAAAUAUUCAUUAGGGUAAGGAAAUAAUCAUGAGUUGGUACAAAGAAUCAUGGAUGCAAGAACUGAAUGGCAUCUAUGUAAAGAAAGUAAUUCAAUGAGUAUAAAUUUCAGAUGGCAACAAACUAAUAGAGGAUAUAAAUAUGAUAGACUUAUAGCAAAUAGUUAAUACAAAUAAUGUGUAAAUCACUUUGAGUAACAUUUUGAAAUUUCUAAUAAAUAAUAUCUAUUUAGAAACUUAUGCCAAUUUUGUGAAGUAAUAUCUAUAUAAUUAACAUGUAGAAUAGUAAAUAAAAUGUAUUUGAUUUUGUUCCUGUUACAUUUGUUUUAGAUUUUAAUGAUGAAUCUAUAGAUUCAUAAUUUACUUAAUUUAUAAAAUUUUUUGAUAAAUUUGCUCCUAAAGAUAAAAAAAUAGAGUAGUUGCCAAAAAAGUUAUAAGAAUACAAAAAAAAAUUAAAAGUACUUUAAAUCAAAUAUUAUAUUUUAGAUUUAAAGUACUCCUUUAUUAGAUAAAAAAUUGCAUGCUAUUCCUUAAAAAAUACCUAAAUGUUAAGAAGGAGAUCAAUAUUUAUGGCUACUUAAACCUACUUUCUUAAAUAGAGGAAGAGGAAUACAUGUAGUAAAUGAUAUUGAAGUUAUAAUCUAAUUAAUUAGUGAAUUGUAAUUGGGAUCUGCAGAAGAUUUGGAAGAAUAAAAGAAGAAAAAUGCUAUUAAAGCCAACUCAUUUGUAAUUUAGAAAUAUAUUGAACAUCCCUUCCUUAUAAAUAAUAGAAAAUUUGAUAUUAGAGUUUGGGUAUUAGUAACUAUGGAUUUAAAUUGCUAUUUCUUUAAGGAAGGUUAUAUUAGGACUUCCAGUGAAAACUUUACUACUGAUAAUGUUGAUAAUUAAUUUAUUCACUUAACAAAUAAUGCUAUACAAAAGUAUAGUGAAAAAUAUGGAGAGUUUGAAGAUGGUAAUCAAUUGUCAUUCGAUGAUUUUCAAAAUUAUUUAAAUGAAUAAGGAUUCAAGGUUGAUUUUUAUGGAAUACAUGUUCCAAAAAUGAAAUAACUUGUAUGGACAUCUUUAUAAUCAGUUAAACGAAAAUUGAAUUUAUCUCAAAGAAGAUAUUGUAUGGAAAUAUUUGGAUAUGAUUUCAUAAUAGACAGUGAUUUCAAAACUUGGUUAAUAGAAGUUAAUACUAAUCCAUGUAUUGAAGAAUCCAGUAGUAUUUUAUAGAUGCUCCUUCCAAGAAUGCUAGGUACAAUUAUCAAUAUAUAUUAUUAGAUGAUGCCUUCAAAUUGACUAUAGAUACAAUCUUUCCACCAAAAUAUUAAGAUGAUGAACCAACUGAUUCAAAAUACCCUGUUAAGAAAUAUCCAAAUAAUGAGAAUUUAUGGUAAUUCAAUAUUUGUUAUAUUUAGGGAGCCUCUUGGAUGCUUAGAAUCUCCAAAAUAGUAAUCCAAAGCUAAUGUAAUGCAACAAUAACAAUUAUUAUAUUAAUAGAUGUAUUACUAAAAUUAAUAGUAAUAAUUUUAACAGCAGAUGCAAUAAUAAUAUUAGUAAUCUAGCAGUUAACAUCAUAAUUAAUUACCAUAUUAUCUACAACCUCUUACGCCUUAAUCAUCAUCCUAAUUUUAAUCAAUUUGA